AAAUGGGCUGGAGGCUCAGCCUCCCGCCAUCUCAAAGCAACUUCUUCUUUCCCCCUUGCCCUGUGCCAGCCCUGGGGUUGUGCCCCUUGGCUCCACCCCUGAAGCUUUCCCAGGGCUCUGUCUCAGCGGCUCACUGGGGACAGGAUGGUGGACAUGAUUGCCAAGCUGACCAGGAGGCAGAGUCGGGCCCUGCGGGGACAGGUGGACGACCUCUCAGAGCCCGUGUACGCCAACAUAGAGAGGCAGCCAUCGGCCACAUCGCCCAGCGCCACCGCGGCCCCCGGCCCCGCGUCGUGGGAGACGCACACGGACGCGGGCACAGGGCGCCUCUACUACUACAACCCAGACACGGGGGUGACCACCUGGGAGUCGCCCUUCGAGGCUGCUGAGGGCGCCUCCAGCCCGGCCACCUCCCCGACCUCGGUGGGCAGCCGCGAGAGCCUCGAGACCGACUGGGGCCAGUACUGGGAUGAGGAGAGCCGCAGGGUGUUCUUCUACAACGCGCUGACCGGCGAGGCCGUCUGGGAGGACGAGCCCGAGGACGAGCCCGAAGAGGAGCUGGAGAUGCAGCCGGGCCUGAGCCCGCUCAGCCCUAGGGACCGGAGGCCCCCUACCCCUGAGACGGACUACCCCGAGUCGCUGACCAGUUACCCCGAGGAGGACUAUUCCCCCGUGGGCUCUUUCGGUGAGCCUCGGUCCGCCUCUCCCUUGGCCACGCCCCCCGGCUGGUCUUGCCACGUGAACUCAGAGGGACAGAGGCUCUACACCAACCACUUCACCCAGGAGCAGUGGGUGAGGUUGGAGGAUGAACACGGGAAGCCCUACUUCUACAACCCAGAUGACACCUCAGUUCAGUGGGAGCUGCCCCAGGUUCCUGUCCCUGCCCCUCGAAGCAUCUGCAAAUCCAGCCAGGACAGUGAGGCCCCAGCCCUGGCCAGCCCCCCUGAGGAGAAGAUCAAGACCCUGGACAAGGCCGGCGUGCUCCAUCGCACCAAGACGGUGGACAAAGGAAGGCGGCUCCGGAAGAAGCACUGGAGUACCUCCUGGACGGUGCUGGAGGGCGGCAUCCUGACAUUCUUCAAGGACUCGAGGGCCUCAGCUGCAGGCGGCCUGAGGCCACCUCCCAAGCUCUCUACCCCCGAGUACACAGUGGAUCUGAGGGGGGCCUCUCUCUCCUGGGCUCCCAAAGACAAAUCUAGCAGGAAGAAUGUGCUGGAGCUGCGGAGCCGAGAUGGCUCAGAGUACCUGAUCCAGCACGACUCGGAGGCCAUCAUCAGCAACUGGCACAAGGCCAUUGGCGAGGGCAUCCAGGAGCUGUCCUCAGACUUGCCCCCGGAGGAGGAAAGCGAGAGCAGCAGCGUGGACUUUGGGUCCAGGGAGCGCCUCGGAAGCUGUCGGGAGGGUGAGGCGCGGCCCACUGCAGGCGCAGCCACCCCGGAGGGCGACCUGAGCAAGGUCCGGCAGAAGCUCCGCAAGUUCCUGCAGAGGCGGCCCACGCUGCAGUCGCUGCGGGAGAAAGGCUACAUCAAAGACCAGGUGUUCGGCUGCGCGCUGGCCGCGCUGUGUGAGCGCGAGAGGAGCCCGGUGCCGCGCUUCGUGCAGCAGUGCAUCCGCACCGUCGAGGCCCGGGGGCUGGACAUCGACGGCCUGUACCGCAUCAGUGGAAACCUGGCCACCAUCCAGAAGCUGCGCUAUAAGGUGGACCACGACGAGCGCCUGGACCUGGAGGACGGGCGCUGGGAGGACGUCCACGUGAUCACCGGCGCCCUGAAGCUCUUCUUUCGAGAGCUGCCGGAGCCCCUCUUUCCCUUCUCGCACUUCCGCCAGUUCAUCGCUGCCGUCAAGCUGCAGGACCAGGCCCAGCGCAACCGCUGCGUGCGGGACCUGGUGCGCACACUGCCCGCCCCCAACCACGACACGCUGCGGCUGCUCUUUCAGCACCUGUGCCGGGUGAUCGAACACGGCGAUCAGAAUCGCAUGUCCGUGCAGAGCGUGGCCAUAGUGUUCGGGCCCACGCUGCUGCGGCCCGAGACGGAGGAAACCAGCAUGCCCAUGACCAUGGUGUUCCAGAAUCAGGUGGUGGAGCUCAUCCUGCAGCGGUGUUCAGACAUCUUCCCACCGCACUGACAGCCGGCCCCGCCCUCACCCCCUCCUGCCGCUGGCGCUGCGGACCUGGGACUGGGGGCCACGACAGUGGUCCUGCCAUAGAAGCUGAACUCUUAUCCGUGAGACCCUCCGCCGCCCACCGGUCCCAGGCUGAUGUGAAAUCUGCACCGCUGGACGCAGGGUGGUGACCCCUGGUGGGCAGUUCGGAAAAUGUGAUUAUUUUCCCCCCUGUCCUGUCCUGUUUGGGGCUUCAUUGGGUUGGGUUCUUUAUUACAUAGACACCUACUGUGUGUGUGUGUGUGUGUGUGUGUGUGUGUGUGUGUGUGUGUGUGUGUGUGAGAGAGAGAGAGAGAGAGAGAGAGAGAGAGAGAGAGAGAGAGAGAGAGAGAGAGAGAGAGGGAGAGAGAGAAUAUGUGGAUGUGAGAGUUUGUUUUCCCAGAUGGUCCAUGCCCAGGAGGAGGAGUUGGGGUGAGGGACUUAGUUUCUUCAGGCCUACACCUGCUUGGGGCCUUCAAGGAAACCCUCCCAGUGGGGCCGCCACCCUGUGUGGGUCAUGAGCAGCACACACACCGCCCUUCCUUCCCUGCUGCCCUGCUUUGCCUCAGGCGCAGCCCCUGCGGGACUCUCAGUGGCUGACUGUGGGCCACUUAGGGUUCCCUGUUCCAGGCCCCGGCCCUCCCUGAACCCACUGUGUCCUGAGCCAGGGUUCUUCAUAUUUCCGAAGCGUCUACCCUGCAUUGGCCACCUGCCAUGCACCAUUCCCACACACAGUCCUGUUUUACAAAUGAAGAAACUGAGGCAGGGGCAAAGUGACUUGUUCAGGGUCCCAUGGGUGAUCCGUCGACUCCCAACUUAGGCUCCUGGGAGGCCAUUUCGACUACCCCUCUCUUCCAAGCCCCAUCAUGGGCUUAUGGGGAAAGCAAAAGAACUCAAAGCAGGUUCUAUCUGGGCCUGGGGAGACCCCGAGGGCAGGAGGAAACCCGCCCCAGCCCCUCUCAGCACACCUCCCUGGCCCCUGCCUGGUCAUAAAGAGCUGGGGGAGGCCUGCAGGGUCGGGGGAAGGAGGGUAGAGCUUCUGGAAAGGGAGCGUGCAUCCAGGGGCAUGCCCUCUCUCAUACACAAACCACCUCAGUCUAUGGGUCUCGGCCCCACUGCCCCAGCUCUGGCUCAUUUCUUCUACAAGCAAUAAGAGCUAAUAUUUAUUGACAUUUGUACCACACCAAGCAUUUCACUUGGAUCCUCUCAGUUUCUCACAGCCAAUAUUUAUUAUCUGCUCCUCCGUGCCGGGCACCGGGCGCUGGGGCGGGGGUGCCGCACAUGCCGCCUCUCUGGUUGGAGCACCUGGUCCGGUGGCUGACCCAAGCCCCCCCCCCCCCCCGACGUGCCAGCAAGGCCCGGACAAGAGUACCAAUGGAGGCCUCACACCAUGCGUCGAAAUAUUGUAAAGUUACAAGUCAAGAUAUAAGUGUUCAAUAAAAAUAUAUUCUAUUCUCCUA